GACUAGGGGCGGAAGUGGGUGUAACGGGGACGGCGGCCGGGGAGGGACGCACGCAGACACAAAACACUGGAGAGGGAAGCGGCGCCGGGCCGCAAGGAUGAUUCCCCCGCAGGAGGCGUCCGCCCGGCGGCGGGAAAUCGAGGACAAGCUGAAGCAGGAGGAGGAGACGCUGUCCUUCAUCCGAGACAGCCUGGAGAAGAGCGACCAGCUCACCAGGAACAUGGUGUCCAUCCUGUCGUCCUUUGAGAGCCGCCUGAUGAAGCUGGAGAACUCCAUCAUCCCCGUGCACAAGCAGACGGAGAACCUGCAGCGGCUGCAGGAGAACGUGGAGAAGACUCUGUCCUGCCUCGACCACGUCAUCAGCUACUACCAUGUGGCCAGCGACACCGAGAAGGCCAUCCGGGAGGGCCCCACAGGGAGGCUGGACGAGUACCUGGGAAGCAUGGCCAAGAUUCAGAAGGCUGUGGAGUAUUUCCAGGACAACAGCCCAGACAGCCCAGAGCUCAACAAAGUGAAGCUGCUGUUCGAGCGGGGGAAGGAGUCCCUGGAGUCGGAGUUCCGCAGCCUGAUGACUCGGCACAGUAAGGUGGUCUCCCCGGUGCUCAUCCUGGAUCUGAUCAGUGGGGAGGAGGAGCUGGAGAUCCAGGAGGAGGUGCCGCUGGAGCACCUGCCGGAGGGCGUGCUCCUGGACGUGAUCCGCAUCUCCCGCUGGCUGGUGGAAUUCGGCCACAACCAAGAUUUCAUGAACGUCUACUACCAGAUCCGCUCCAGCCAGCUGGACCGCUCCAUCAAGGGCCUGAAGGAGCAUUUCCGGAAGAACAGCUCUGCCUCUGGGGUUCCCUACUCCCCCGCCAUCCCCAACAAGAGGAAAGAUACGCCCACCAAGAAGCCCAUCAAGCGGCCAGGGACGAUCCGUAAGGCUCAGAACCUUCUGAAACAGUAUUCCCAGCAUGGUCUAGAUGGGAAAAAGGGGGGCUCUAACCUCAUUCCUCUGGAAGGUCACCAGCAUGAUUCCCGAGUUAAGCACCUGUCCGAGGCCCUGAACGACAAGCACGGGCCGCUGGCCGGGAGAGACGACAUGCUGGAUGUGGAGACCGACGCCUACAUUCACUGCGUCAGCGCCUUCGUCAAGCUGGCGCAGAGCGAGUACCAGCUGCUGGUGGAGGUCAUCCCUGAGCACCAUCAGAAGAAGACCUUCGACUCCCUGAUCCAGGAUGCCCUGGAGGGGCUGAUGCUCGAGGGGGAGAACAUCGUGUCCGCCGCCCGGAAGGCCAUCGUCAGACACGACUUCUCGGCAGUGCUCGCCGUCUUCCCCAUCCUGCGGCACCUCAAGCAGACCAAGCCCGAGUUCGACCAGGUGCUCCAGGGGACAGCCGCCAGCACCAAGAACAAGCUGCCCGGCCUCAUCACCUCCAUGGAGACCGUUGGUGCCAAAGCGCUGGAGGACUUCGCCGACAACAUCAAGAAUGACCCGGACAAGGAGUACAACAUGCCCAAGGACGGCACCGUGCACGAGCUCACCAGCAACGCCAUCCUUUUCCUGCAGCAGCUGCUGGACUUCCAGGAGACGGCAGGUGCCAUGCUGGCCUCCCAAGUUCUUGGGGAUACAUACAAUAUUCCUUUAGACCCCCGAGAGACCAGCUCCUCAGCCACCAGCUACAGCUCCGAGUUCAGCAGGCGCCUCCUGAGCACCUACAUCUGUAAAGUCCUGGGGAACCUGCAGCUGAACUUGCUGAGCAAGUCCAAGGUGUAUGAGGACCCAGCUCUGAGCGCCAUCUUCCUGCACAACAACUACAACUACAUCCUCAAGGCCCUGGAGAAAUCGGAGCUGAUCCAGCUGGUGGCUGUGACCCAGAAGACUGCCGAGCGCUCCUACCGGGAGCACAUCGAGCAGCAGAUCCAGACCUACCAGCGCAGCUGGUUAAAGGUGACCGACUACAUCACUGAGAAGAAUCUACCUGUGUUCCAGCCGGGAGUCAAGCUCCGGGACAAGGAGCGGCAGGUGAUCAAGGAGCGGUUUAAGGGCUUCAAUGACGGCCUGGAAGAAUUGUGCAAGAUCCAGAAGGCCUGGGCAAUCCCCGACACGGAGCAGCGCGACAAGAUCCGCCAAGCUCAGAAGCACAUCGUCAAGGAGACCUACGGGGCCUUUCUGCACAGGUACGGCAGCGUGCCCUUCACCAAGAACCCUGAGAAGUACAUCAAGUACCACGUGGAGCAGGUGGGCGACAUGAUCGACCGCCUCUUUGACACCUCGGCCUGAGCUGCGCGCUCCCCGCCCGGCGGCACCAGGCAGCGCGGUGUGGACACAUAAACCGUGUUAACCUGCCUCUGG